AUGAAUGCAACUACAACUACAGUUUUCGUUUCUGGUGUCGAUGGCUACAUCGCUCAACAUAUCCUCAUUGAUCUACUUGACAAAGGAUACAAAGUUAUCGGAUCCGUCCGAUCUUCAUCCAAAGGUGACGACCUAAUUCAAAAAUUACAAGAUGUAAAACUCCCAUUUGAAAACUUCAAAUAUGUUGUUGUUCCAGAAAUCGGUACUCCUGGAGCAUUUGACAAUGCCUUGAAAGAAAAUCCCGACAUUUCUGUCUUCUUACAUACCGCAUCCCCAUUCAGGUUGGAUGUUACUGAUAUUGAACAAGAAAUAUUACUACCUGCCAUUAAUGGGAUCAAGAAUGCUCUACUCUCCGCUGAGAAAUAUGCUUCCAAUUUGAAGCAUUUCGUACUCACGAGUUCAUUUGCUGCAAUUGGAGGAUUCGGGAAAUCAUUAAGUGAUCCCCUUGAGGGAUAUUUGGGAUCGAAAAAAUUUGCCGAACAAGCAGCUUGGGAACUUUGGGCUGAAACAGAUGCUGGAUUUCAAUUGACUAGUGUUAAUCCUCCAUAUGUUUUCGGACCCCAGGCUUUUGGGGUUAAGGAUAGUACUCAGAUGAAUACUUCUGUUGAAACGGUGAAUGCAUUGUUGAAGAUGAAUCCCAAAGAUUCUAUUCCUGGGUUGAAACAUCUUUUUGUUGAUGUUAGAGACGUAUCAAAGGCUCAUUUAGAAGCCUUUGAGAAUCCUGAAGCUGUGGGUAAGAGAUUGUUUAUUACGAAUGGACAAUGGAGUUAUCAAGGAAUGGCGAAUAUUAUUCAUGAGAAUUUUAAAGAAUUGACAAAUGUUCCAGUUGGAGAACCUGAAAAAGAUGAAGUUUUGAAGAAAGAAGCGUUUAAAUUUGAUAAUUCGAAAACCAUGAAUGUCUUGCAUACGAGUUUGAUUCCUUUUGAACAAUCGAUAAUUGAUACUGUUGAACAAAUUGUGGCUGCUUGUUAA